AUGGCGGCUGAGACGUCGGCGAUAAUUCAUUCCAGCCACGACAUCAACAAGCUUAGCUACGAGAUCUUCUCCAUUCUGGAGAGCAAGUUUCUAUUUGGCUAUGACGAUCCAAACACUAUUGUCGCUGCAACCCUGCCAAAGACCCCAGGGAAGUUUCCGAGGCCCUUAAGCGCCGGCAAAGUCCGUAUUCUCUCAAUUGACGCCGGCACUGGCGUUUUCGCCGCCGUUGCCCUGGCCCGCCUGGAAGCCUCCCUUGCUAAGCAAUGUAGGAAUCCCGAGGCCAGAAUCGCCGAUUUCUUCGACAUUGCUGCGGGAUCAGGAUCCGGUGGAGUCCUCACGGCAAUGCUUUUCACCCGCUCCCCAAGCGGCCGUCCACUGUUCUCCGCCGGCGACGCGCUUCGAUUCAUCAUGAAGAACCGACGGAAACUCUCUUCCGCUGGAAGAAAGGGAAUUUUCCGUCGAUCGGGGGGGAUUUUCCGGCGAUUGUUUGGGGAAUCGACACUUCGGGACACGAUCAAGCCAGUGCUGAUCCCCUGCUACGACCUAGCGACGGGGUCUCCGUUUGUGUUCUCGCGGGCCGAUGCGGUUGAGGCGGACGCAUUUGAUUUCUCGAUUCCCGAAGUGUGUGCGGCGACGUGCUCAGAGAAGGCGAGAUUGGUGAUACGAUCGGUGGAGGGCAGGACGCGGAUUGAUGCCGUCGGCGGCGGCGUUGUAAUGCGGAAUCCCACAGCGAUGGCGAUAACUCAUGUGCUGAACAAUACGGUUGAGUUUCCCUUCGCCGCCGGUGUUGAAGAUCUUCUUGUGGUUUCGCUGGGAAAUGGCGCGGAGGAUAUUGGACCGCCGGCUGCGGCGAAGCUUUUAAAAAUUGCCGGGGACGCCGCUGCAGAAAUGGUCGAUCAAGCAGUGGCAAUGGCCUUCCGACAAAGCAGGCUGACGAACUAUGUCCGCAUUGAGGCACACCGCCCUGCAAGCGCAGGAAAGUCACCGUCGCCGCCGCCGCCGCCGGUGCCGGCCGUGGAGGAAAUGCUGCUAAGCCAGCGGAGCGUCGAUUCGGUGCUAUUUAGGGGGAGAAAGGUAUUGGAGAAGACCAAUGGAGAUAGAUUGGAAUGGUUUUGCGGUGAGCUAAUCGCGGAGCACGAUAGGAGGAAGGGGAGCAGCAUACCGACGGUUCUUAUCAAGCCAACGUUAAUGUCUCGGACGUCGUCAGCGACGAAUACCACUACUUCUACAGUGGCGUCAACGUAG